AUGACUCGAAUCGCUCUGGACGCGUCGUCCGCGCGCGCGGGCGCGGCGGCGGCGGUCGACGCGGGCGCGGCGGCGAUCGAGCUCCCCGGGUGCGUGCGGUUCGACGUCUUGCGAUCGUUGGAGGAUGAAAACACCCUCGUCAUCGCGGAGAUUUGGGCGGACGCGUCGAGCGGGAGGGAUGGGGCGUGGAGAGAGGCGUUGGACGCGGCGACGACGGCGGCGUCGGCGCGCGUGGAACGGACGCGGUACGUCGCGGUGGAGCCCACGGAUGCGUCGUGGGUCGACACGCACGCGCGGAGGUGGACUGCGAGCGAUGCGUCGGACGUGGGUGGGGAGAGCGUGACGCACGUCCGGUGCGACGUGGCGCGGGGAGACGAGGACGCGUUCGCUUUGGAGUGCGCGAAGAACGCGCGCGCGAGCGUUCGGGAGGAUGGAAAUCUGCGAUUUGACGCGUUCAGGAGCGUCGAGGAUGGGACGAAGUUCAUUCUGAGCGAAGUCUACGAAACCCCGGACGCGGCGGCGGACCACAAGAACACGGAGCACUAUCGAGCCUGGCGCGACGCCGUGGCGGGGAUGAUGGCGACGCCGCGCUCGGCCGAGCGGUACGCCAUCGUGUUUCCACCCGUGCGCUCGGCUUGGAAGUUCGACCCCGGGUGCGAGGAUGAGUGCGAAACCGUGUGGUGA